AUGGGCAAGGACAAGGUCGAGAAGAAGGAGAAGCGCGCUGAGAAGAAGGAGAAGCGCGCCGAGAAGGACGGUGUUCACAAGGCCGGCAAGAAGGAAAAGAAGGAAAAGAAGGACAAGACCAGUCUCGUCGAUGCAGUAGAGAAGGAGAUCGCCUCCCAAGUCCAGGAGGACCUCGAGCAGGCUGCCUCAGUUGUUGACGACGCCAUGGUUAUCGACGCCGAGCGCCCCAUUGGUGCCCUCGUGCCCUUCGCCAACCCGUUGGUCGAGGACAAGCAGGCCAAGAAGGUCCUGAAGAGCGUGAAGAAGGCUGCCGUCAACAAGUCCCUCAAGCGCGGUGUCAAGGAGGUCGUCAAGGCUCUCCGCAAGUCGCCCAUCCCCGCCGCCAACGCUGCCAUCGAUAUCCCCAACGGCAUUGUCAUUCUCGCCGCCGACAUCUCCCCCAUGGAUGUCAUCUCUCACAUUCCCGUCCUGUGCGAGGACCACGGCAUUCCCUACGUCUUCGUUACCUCCCGCGCUGAGCUCGGUGCCUCCGCCGCCACCAAGCGUCCUACCAGUGUCGCUAUGGUUGUCCCCAAGUCCGCCAACAAGAAGAAGUCCGAGGGUGACGAUGAGGAGUUCACCAAGGUGUACGAGGAGCUGGCCAAGCUUGUGCAGAAGGAGGCCAAGGGCAUCACCGUCUAA